AUGUCAUUGGAAACAAUGAUACUCCUCAAACGAGAUGCAGUUGAUGAUGGUGCCCCCAAUCCCCGGGGCGACACUGUGGUGAAUGUCAAUAUCGCGCUGGUGGUUGUUGCAGGAACACUCGUCAUUGCACGAUUCUGGACCCGCAUUGUCAUCAACCACAUGCUUGGUUUGGAUGACUGGUGUGUCCUGAUGGCCCUGUUUAUUGCCAUCACCAUGACUGGGCUAUUCUACGGCGAGACAAAGAAUGGUUUCGGUCUCCAUCAAGACCAAGUCAACGAGAAACACUUUUUGCAAGCUUGGAAAUACUUCCUAUCGUGCCAGGUGCUAUACAAGGCUGCCGCUCUCUUUGCCAAACUGUCUAUGCUGUUCCUCUAUCUGCGGAUCUUCUCGUCGUCUCGCAACUUCCGCAUUGCUGCUUAUAUUGUCAUGUUCAUAUGCUUCGGCACGGCCAUUGGGACCAUAAUCCCAACAAUCUUUGCAUGCCAUCCUAUUCAAAAGGCAUGGACCCCAACCUUGCCUGGCACCUGCAUCUGGACUCCUGGAAUCUGGUACUCUAGCUCCUCUAUCAACAUCGCCACAGACGUCAUGAUCAUCGUGCUACCAAUUGCUCAAAUCCGGUCGCUCAAACUACCCAAGGCUCAGAAGUUUGGGUUGGCUCUCCUCUUCAGUUUGGGGUUUUUGUAA